CAGGAACUAGAGCUGACGCACCUUAGAAUUGAUGACAUUCCUUCGUUGCAUCUCGAGCGCUUCAAGAGCCUUCAGAAAUUAUCUUUCCGCCAAAAUUUGAUCCCGAGGAUCAGAGGCCUAGAGGCGCUCACAUCUCUUACCGAGCUCGACUUGUACGACAAUCGAUUCAGCAAGAUUGAGGGUCUUGAGAAUUUGACAGAGUUGAGGUCCCUGGAUUUAAGCUUCAAUGGCAUCCGCCACAUCAAAGACAUCGACCACCUCGUCAAUCUCACGGACCUAUAUUUUGUCAGUAAUAAGAUCACGGUCAUCGAGAACCUGAGUGCUCUGGUGAACAUUACGAACCUCGAACUGGGAUCAAACCGCAUCAGGGUGAUCGAAAACUUGGACAGCCUGGUCAACCUAGAACAACUCUGGCUUGGAAAGAACAAGAUUACAAAACUACAGAAUCUGUCAAGUUUGAAGAAAUUGAAGAUCCUGAGCAUCCAGUCCAACCGACUGACAGCCAUUGAAGGGCUAGAGGAACUCGAAAGUCUGGAGGAGAUCUACGUGAGCCAUAACGGGAUCUCCAGAAUCGAAGGAUUUGACAAUAAUGGCAAGCUGACCACAGUUGACAUCGGCAACAACAGGAUCUCAAAGCUCGAAAAUCUGAGACACUUAAAGAACCUGCAAGAGCUAUGGGCAAGCAACAAUCAGCUGGAUUCCUUCGAAGACUUUGAAACUGAAUUGAAGGAAAAUUGCCCUGGACUCGAGACAGUCUAUGCUGAAGGGAACCCACUUCAGACUAAUAACUUUACGACCUACCGUCUCAAGAUGAAGAUCAUGCUGCCCCAAAUCAAGCAGAUCGAUGCCCAGUAA